AUGGUCCCUUACAACUUCCGGCCGUUUCUUGCCAUGCAUAACAUUCAUUGUUUCUUUCCUUCUUUUUUUAGCCUUAAACAUUUUAUUUCUUCUUUCUUUCUAUUUAUGAAGACACUUCUUUUUUUUCCUUUUUUCUACAGACUCCAUUAUUUUAUUAUGGACAUUUUCCUUCGGUCUUUCUUUCUUGACCCACUUCAUUAUUUAAUUAUAAGCACUUUCCCUCGUACUUUUUCGUUCGGAUAUUCUUUCUUUCUUUCAUUUUUUUUAAUUCGUUCUUAUUUUACCCUUACACAUUUUAUUUCUUCGUUCUUUCUAUUUAUGAAGACAUUCUUUUUUUAUCUUUGUUACAGACUCCAUUAUUUCAUUAUAGGCAUUUCCUUCGGCCAUUCUUUCUUUCUUUCUUUCUUUCUUUCUUUCUUUCUUUCUUUCUUUCUUUACCCUUACAAUUUUUAUUUCUUCUUUCUUUCAAUUUAUGAAGACAUUCUUUUUUUAUCUUUGUUACAGACUCCAUUAUUUCAUUAUGGUCAUUUUCCCUUGUUCUUUCGGUCGACCAUUCUUUCUUUCUUUCUUCUUUUUUCCUUCUUUUCUUUCUUUCUUUCUUUUUUUACGCUUAACAUUUUAUUUCUUCGUUCUUUCUAUUGA